AUGGCACAGAUCAUCUCCCCGGAAUUUGGUCUUGUUUCGUCUGCUACAGUAAUCAUUGUUUUGUCUAUGGUUACUUACUCUCUAAGUCUCCAUAUCGUCCAACUCCAACCCAAGAAUGAGACAGUCCCGGCUCUGCUAGUGUUUGGAGAUUCGAUUAUGGAUACAGGCAACAACAACUACAUAGUCUCGUUGGCCAAGUGCAAUUUCUCUCCUUACGGGAGGGACUUCGUAGGAGGGAUACCCACUGGAAGGUUUAGCAAUGGAAAGGUUCCCUCCGACUUCUUAGCUGAAGGAUUUGGAGUGAAGGAGCUUUUGCCACCUUAUCUCGACCCCGACUUACAAACUCAAGAUCUUAUUACCGGCGUAAACUUUGCUUCGGGUGGUGCUGGAUAUGAUCCUCUCACAUCUCAAAUAGAGACGGCCAUAUCAUUAUCGAAACAGUUGAAAUUGUUCAAGGAAUAUAUUGGAAAAUUAAAGGAAGCAGUGGGAGAGGAGAGAACAGCAACCAUACUGUCCGAGAGCAUAUACAUUAUGUGUGUAGGGAGCAACGACGUUACCAUUAACUACUUUUUUGCACCAUUCCGGAGACCAAAUUAUGAUGUCUCUGCCUUCACCGAUCUCUUGCUUCAAUUUGCUUCUACUUUCCUACAGGAACUGUAUGGCCUUGGGGCAAGAAGAAUUGGUGUAUUCAACAUUCCACCCAUUGGAUGUGUUCCAUCUCAGAGAACCCUYGCUGGAGGAAAACACAAAGACUGCGUAGACAAUUUGAACCAAGCAGMUGAGAUGUUCAACGCUAAGCUAUCUUCUGAAUUAAUCUCUCUCACUAACAAGCUAUCACAUUCAACCCUUGUGUAUAUUGAUGUCUACUCUUCUUUACUUGACAUCAUUCAAAGGCCUCAAGAUUAUGGGUUUGAAGAGAUAAGCAAAGGAUGUUGUGGUACAGGGAAGAUAGAAGCAACGAUACUGUGCAAUGAUUUAUCCCCUUUUACAUGUAAAAAUGCCUCGAAGUACUUAUUUUGGGAUAGUUUCCAUCCCACCGAGGCAGGCUACAAGGCCCUCUUCACUAUCUUCAUGAAGAACUAUUUCAGAAAGUUCUUUCAAAGCUAA